AUGGAUAGUGAUGACCAACUUGAUGACGAUGAGGUCCUUGAUGAUAUUGGAAAUGAACAGGAGCCUCCAAAUGAAGAGUUUUAUGUGAGCUUGUUUUUUGCCGAUAAGGAUGAACUACAAGCUGCUGUUAAACGCUAUCACAUCAAGAGGAACCAAACAUUUUGUGUAAGAGAGUCAGAUCCAGAAUGUUGGUCUGUAAGGUGCAAAAAUUGUUCUUGGCGUCUUCGAGCAUGCUUCUGGGUUACAUAUGGGUUGUUUGAGGUUAGGAAAUACAAUGGUCCACACACAUGUACAGAGUCCACGCUCACACAAGAUCACGAGCAAUUAGACACCCAUGUUAUUGAGAAAGAGUUGUGGGAUGUUUUCAAAAAUGAUCCAACCAUAAAGAUUGCUUCACUUCAACAGACUCUUUACAAUAAGUACCAAUACAGGCCUUCUUAUUUUAAGGUGUGGGAGGCAAAAGAGAAAGCAAUUGGUAGAGCGUUUGUUGAUUGGGACAAAUCUUACCAAUUAUUACCAAAAUGGUUGAAAGCUUUGAGUAAUUCAAACUCGGGCAGCAGGGUUAUUUGGAGAACAAUACCUGCUACUAUGCCAGGCUGUGCGAUAUUUGAGAGAGUGUUUUGGGCUUUUGGUCUAUCAAUUGAAGGUUUUCAACAUUGUAGGCCAGUGAUUAGUAUAGAUGGAACUUUCCUAUAUGGUAAGUACAAAGGUACGUUACUGAUUGCAUCGGCGUGGGAUGGUGACAACAAACUUUUUCCACUUGCCUUUGCCAUUGUGGAGAAGGAAACUGAUGAUAGCUGGUAUUGGUUUUUGCGUUGUAUUCAGAUUAAUGUCACUAAUCGGGAAGGGUUAUGUGUCAUAUCUGAUCGUCAUCCUGGUAUAAUGGUAGCGAUACGGACUAUAUGUCAAUCGACACGUUGGUAUCAUCUUUUUUGCCUUCGCCAUGUGGCUAGCAAUUUUAAUCAACAAAUUGGGAAUAAAAACUUGAAGGCUAUGGUAAUAUGGGUAGGCAUGGAGAAUCAGUUACGAAAGUAUCAAAUCACUAGGGAUAGAAUUACUCAAUUAAGUGCAGAUGGUGAGAAGUAUUUAAGGGAAAUGCCGGUGGAAAAGUGA